AUGAUCACCAAGAGGCUCGGCCAACGUGAGAUGCCGGUAGUAAUCUGCACGGAUUCCUACUCGCUAUAUGAGUGCCUCACGAAGCUUGGAACAACCAAAGAAAAGCGCUUAAUGAUUGAUCUCAUGGCGCUUCGCCAGUCAUAUGAGCGACGUGAGAUUGACGAGAUCCGGUGGAUCCACGGUGACGAUAACCCUGCAGAUGCCUUCACAAAGUCAAACCCGAACAAGGCCCUGCAGGACCUCGUUGAAUAUAACAAGGUGACGAUCCGGGUGGAAGUGUUUUUAAUGCUUGUACUUGUUGACGACCGCUUUUGUUGGUUGCUUCGUGCAAUCGAGAUGCCUGGCACUGGUAUGCAGCAAGGAGAGGUCACGUAUGGCUUACACGUGACCUCGUCAAGCAAGGACUAUAUAGACCGCGUCAGGGCCUCAUUAAGACAGAUAGACACAACAGAACACAGAACCCAAGAAUCACCUAUUGAGAUUGACUCAAGUGCUUCGUACGAGGUCUUUGAGGAAUUCCGCACACUUGCAGCCACCUGGACCUCGCGUCAAAUACGCCUAUUUACUGAACAUGUAAAUAUUCCUAGUAAUAAAGCAGUAGACCAGGCUGCUAAAGAAGGCGCAAGUUAA